AUGGCGUGGGACCAUCUGGAUAUCGAUAAGCCGCAUCUGGCGUACAUGAUUCUAGGUGGUUUCACCGGCCUGUUCAUGUUAUGUUCUCUUUUUGUCAAGGAGAAGCUCUACAUUGGUGAAGCUACCGUGGCCACCCUCUGUGGCAUUAUCUUCGGGCCUCAUGCCGCCAACCUCUUUAACCCCAUGGAAUGGGGUAAUGUCGAUAAAAUCACCCUAGAAUGUUCCCGGAUCGUCCUGGUCGUCCAAUGUUUUGCGGUCGGCGUCGAGUUACCCAAAGCUUACAUGGAGCGUCACUGGAAAUCCGUCUUCUUGCUCCUCGUCCCUGUCAUGACCUGGGGCUGGUUAAUUACAAGUUUGUUUAUCUGGUGGAUGGUGCCAAAGCUCAAUUGGCUCGACAGUCUCGUGUGCGCGGCCUGCGUGACAGCUACUGACCCCGUCCUGGCAUCGUCUGUUGUAGGUAAAGGUAAGUUCGCGAAGCGGGUUCCCAAGCACUUGCGAGACCUGUUGUCUGCCGAAUCCGGUUGCAACGAUGGCAUGGCCUUCCCCUUCAUCUACCUUUCCUACUACAUUCUACACUACCGCCCUGAUGCCGGACAGGUCUCUCUGAACUGGUUCUGCGUCACUAUCCUGUACGAGUGUAUCGUGGGUGCCUUCUUUGGGUUUAUGAUCGGUUAUCUGGCUCGUCACGCGAUCAAGCUUGCGGAACGCAAGCAGUUGAUUGAUCGUGAGAGUUUUCUGGUGUUCUACUUCGUCUUGGCCGUCUUCUGCGCCGGUUCGGGAAGUCUGUUGGGCAUGGAUGAUCUCCUUAUCGGCUUCUCCUGCGGUGUCGGUUUCAGUAACGACGGUUGGUUCACGGAAAAGACCGAAGAGUCCCACGUCUCCAACGUUAUCGAUCUUUUGCUCAACUUGGCGUAUUUUGUCUAUUUUGGGUCCAUCAUUCCCUGGGAAGACUACAAUGCCCCCGAUCUCGGCCUGGUGCCCUGGAGACUCGUAGUCAUUGCCCUACUGGUCAUUUUCUUCCGCCGUAUCCCGAUUAUGUUGCUUUUGAAACCCCUAAUACCGGACGUCAAAACAUGGCGUGAGGCUCUGUUUGCCGGUCACUUCGGUCCCAUUGGUGUCGGUGCCAUCUUCGCCUGUAUUUUGGCCAGAGCCGAAGUGGAAAACCACAAUACUCAACCUAUGACACAGGCGGAGCUGGACAGUAUAGAUCCUAAUACCCCAUCCAAACACAAGGAGCUUGUGGAGUUGAUAUGGCCCAUUACCACGUUCAUGGUCAUCUCCUCUAUCUUGGUGCACGGUUCCUCAAUUGCUGUCUUCACCCUUGGAAAGCGGAUCAACACCCUCACCAUUACGCUGUCCUACACCACCGCCAACGAGGAGGGUCCCUCAUGGAUGAACCGUCUUCCCCGUGUGCAGUCGCUGGCCAAGGGUUCCAUGUCGUUCCGGAAAGCGGAUGAACUGGAUGAGUCCUCCAACGAAAAGCUGGACUAUCCCCCUGGAACCUUGCCCCCUAUCGGUGUUCCUGGCAAUUUCCUCCGCCGUGUUCGCGAAGAAGAUCCCGAGCCCCAGGCUAGUAGACCCGCCAAACGACAUCUAAGACGCCGUAAGCGCACUGCUGGCGUUGGUGGACCGAUUAGUCAAUCUGCCAUUGCGCCUCAACGACGAACAGAGGGUGAAGAAGAGGAAGAAUCCGAAGAACGUGACCGAAUUGAACGAGGUGGAUCCCCACCGUCGAAGGAGCGUGAUCGCUAUGGCCGGGAGCCUGUCAUGGAGGUUUACCUUGAAGGUCAUCACAUGAUUAUCGAAGACGAAGAAGGCAAUGUUCUCACGACGGAAGAUAUCAGCCAUAUGUCUGCCGAAGAGCAGCAACAGCACAUUGAGCAGCAACGCUUGAGACUUCAGAAGGAUGGCGAUGGCGAAUUCGCCAAAUCUAAGAGUCAGCCACAUGAAAAGACUGAAGGCGAAGAAAUCGAAGAUGCAGUCGGAGAGAAGACCGGUCACCCACUCGCACGUCUAACCCGGUGGGCAGGCUUUGGAAAGAGUCGUGCCAAGGAUCAGGAGGAGGAGAUCAAGAAGAAGGAAGAGAAACCGGCAACAUCGAGCUCAGCCAAGGCAGCUGAAAAACCGUCCAAGGGCAAGGCUCGUUCUGCUCACGCAUACCAGUUCGGUAACACCAUCAUUGUUGAAGAUGAAGAUGGAGAAGUUAUCAAGAAGUAUUCUAUUCCCUCGGAAAAAACACCCGCUCCUGCUGCUCCCUCUGGUCCUGUCCGUCGUGGUUUGACACGCAUGGGAACCUGGCUUGGUAACCAAGAUGAGCCCGAGUCAUCGCAGGCAGCCCAGAACAAGAAGACAGGCAUUGAUGAAUGGUUGACGGAUGAUGGACUUCGAUUCACUGUGGCCGAGAACGACGAGGUCAGCAAGCGUGGUGUUAGCCAUAAGGGCCACCGCAUGAACAAGCAAGAGUUCAUCCGCCAGAUUCAAAAGCUCGACCCCAAGGCCCGUCGCGAUCUCGUGGAACAAACUGACGCCCCUCCUCAAGUCAAGAAUGUGGCUAAGGAUGAAGCCAAGGUGCAAGACAGCAAGGAACGUCGCCAGUCCGCCACUAAGGUGACAGGCAACAACGAGACUCCUACGGUACCUGAGGAAGAUCAAGACCUUGAGUCCGUUUCAGGCAGCGAGAUCAGUGGGGAGUCGGAUACCGAGAUUCCCGGUGACAAUGUUGCUGCUUCGCUGGCUCGAGUCACUCGGGGCACUUCUGCCCAGGAACGACGGAGUAACAUCGCUCCCUCUCACUCGCCUGCCAUGACUCCACGCCCUCGAUCUCGACGGGACUCUGAAGACGAUGGCACUGAGCGUGUUCCGCCUUCUCAACUCCGUGAAGCCGCUGGUAUUUCGGCACCACCUCAACAAGCGUUGGACGAUACUGGUGAAACUCCUGCGGAGCGUCGCCGUCGUCUGGCUGCCCUUGGUGAACUGAACAAUUCGGAUGAUGAAGAUUCUGGCGACGAAGAUGAUGAUGCCAUCGAAUCUGAUAGCGACGAUGAUGACAACUCCCGUCCUGUCCAGGGCAAGGUGCAAUUUGCAGAAGCCACCAGGCCUUCUGAAAGCCGGACAGAGGGAACUUCAAGAUCUUCUCGCAGACAUCGAUCACGAAUUUCAUGGGGCGGAGAGAAAGGAAGGGGGGAAGAAGACAAGAAUUAA